UAUCUUUGGUACAACUAUUUAUGCAGCUAGAUUUAGACAUGCUAGUUGCAAUAAGGACAGCUCCAAAUCAUAGCUGGAUGAAUCCUGCGGAACGCUGUAUGUCCUUAUUAAAUCUUGCUCUUCAACAUGUAGCUUUAGAAAGAAACACCAUGGAUGAGAAAUUUGAAAAAGCUAUCAAAAAUAAAUCUUCACUAACAGCUAUAUGUAAUCUAGCCGAAUAUAAAGAAGGCUUUAGAGCAGCCUUUUCAACCAGCAUUAAUCAAGUUAUUGACAAAAUUAAUAACAGGUUCAGUAGAAUGAAACUAAAAGGGGAAAACAUAAUAACAUACAAAGGUGUAAAAAAGGAGGAAAUUGAAGACAGUCUAGAUAUUGUAUGUCAGUUUGUUCAAGCAGACCACACAAAACUCAAUUCAUCAAUGAACAGUAAAGAAUUGCACAAAUUGAAAGAUUUAAAGGAUUUUAUUGAAUGGCAUGGGAAGUCUUGUCACUACGGAUUUCAACUGAAAAAAUGUGGAAAUUGUCCAUAUUGUGUCUUAAAUCCAAUAAGACUUGAUGAUGCUGUGUUCAACAAGCUUCAUUUUUUGCCAGAUCCUAUUCCUGAUGAAACAGGCCAGCAUUAUAAACCAUUUGAUCAGCUCUAUGGAAUGAUGACUAAUGACAAACACAGACCUUCUUUUGCAAAUGUGCAGGGGCUAAAAGCUGAAGCAGAUAAAAUCAACAGGGAUGUUUUAAAAUCAGGAAAAAGUAGAGAUGUGAUUUUGUGUAGUGAAUGCUUUAAACCAAGAUGUGUGUAUAGCAACACUAAAAUGACAAGAGAGCAGGAUGGAAUACUUCUUUGUAUUAGAGAAGAGGAUAACUACACAUGUGGAGAUGCCUUUCCUGUAGAUAGCGGACUGUUUGUUCGUGAAAGUCUGUCAUGUAACUCUGAAGUAGAAAUCAAUUAUUAUGGUGCUACUAUGCGACAUUUUGUUCCACCAUGCUGCAUUUACUGUGGAAAAACUGAAGAUUUACUAGAUGAUGUGGAUGACUAUAUACAAAACUUAUAUACUAUGUUUUCAGUUGUUCGACCAUUAUGUAAAACCUGUAGAACUGCAGGAAAAGAAGCUAAAACAUGGGGGAAAAAGCUUUUUGCAAAAAGGUCAUAGACAAUUCAAGUAACUUGAUUUGAAGAGCAGUACAUUUUUACUGUGAAAUGUGUCAAAAUCCUACUAUCAAAAUAAAACUAUCUGAUAUUAAGAAUUUAUUCAUUCCCAGAGUGCAUCUUACAAUUCACAGUGGCUGUAUGUUUUGAUGAGAACUCAUAUCCUUCUGUUUGUCUUUUAGCAUCAAAGCAGAGCUCUUAAUAUAAUAAUAAGGAGAUGUGGUUAAUUGCCAAUGAGACAACUAUCCACCAAUAUUCAAAAGAAGUGGAUGUAAGCAAUUAUAGGCAACCAAACAGUCUUCAACAAUGAGAAAAUCCCAUGUUUUGUUUUGGUGGAAUUUAAUUAAACCUCAAACAUCGUCAAAAAAGGCUGUUCACCAA